GCCUUUCCUUUUGUUACUCAGUUACUACCUUUCCCUUUAACCUUUGUUCACAUUUUUGUUUUUACCAUUUUGCCCUAAAUCUCACAAAAUUGAAAAUACUCACGCGAGACACUGAUGAACGGCCGGUGAACGCCUUCUCCUCGUCGAAAAUCCCAGCUCGCCACCGCCAGUAGCCGGUCGCCGGCUGUCCGCCAGUUGUCGUGUCUCUUCGGUGCUCAACGGAUAAGGAAACAGAGCAGAAUAUUGAUGCUCCGUCGAUAAGACAUUAGCCACGACGACUGCCUUUCCGAUUCCCAGGUUUUCCUCUGCGAUCGAUCUGCUGUUGCUGCGCUUCCCUGCUCUCAAUCUUCUGUUCUGGCUUCUUCUUCUUCAUCGAUCAGCUCAGCAGGCUCGGAUUUUGAACCAGGUAUGUUAGUUAGGUUUAGGUCUACGUAUACGAGUUCAUUGAUAAAACUGCGUGCGUUAUUUAAUUUUGAUUAUCAGGCGGUGGUUGUGGUGCAGCUUCCUUGGGACAUAAGAGAAGCGUGAGAUAUAGAACAUGGUGGCUGCUUCCGCCUCCUUCAGGUGGAUACUGCAACUGCAUAAAGAUGUUCCAAAAGCUGCAAAAUUUUACAAAGAAGGCCUUGAUUUCACCAUAAAUGUGUGUACUCUCCGGUGGGCUGAACUUGAAUCCGGCCCUCUCAAGCUCGCUCUCAUGCAUUCUUCCAGUGAGAUUGAGGUUCAGAAGGGAUACUCGUCACUGUUAUCAUUCAGUGUGACCGACAUUAACAGCACGGUGACUAAACUCAUGGCUUUAGGUGCAGAGAUGGAUGGGCCUAUCAAAUAUGAGGUCCAUGGAAAGGUUGCUGCAAUGCGUUGUAUUGAUGGUCACAUGUUGGGUCUUUAUGAGCCUGUUUGAAACAUUACAUUUUAAAACCCAAUAACAACCAUUUUCCUUUUGAUUAUCAAAGUGUAUUCUUAAGUCUUAACAACAGGUAGAUUGUUUGUAAGUUCUCUUUUUCUUUCAUUGAAUUUGUAGUUCCUGCCUCUUCAAUACAUACAGAUUUUCAUAUUGC